UCUAACUACGGUAAGCCGGAAGCGAGGAGACGGUCACGGGAACAGGUGAAAACGGCGAAACGGCGACCAGAAAACGGCCUUACUCGGUCCUCAAGCCGUCAUCAUGGGCAACCUGAUGGUAUCAUCGACGCCAGAGAAGACUAUCGUACAUAACAACGAGGUCGAGGUUCAGGAGAUCAACAAGGUCGUUCUGGGGAAGCUGAUCGUGAAGCAUGUCGGGAACGAGGGUACGGAGGACAAUGAGCGCCAGGCGGUGCUGAGGCAGAUGUUACAGAGGGUCAUCACGGAACUGGAGAGAGAAAAGCCAGAGGUGUGGCGUAACGCGGAGCUGGUGAUCUAUGACAUGUACGGGAACGACUACACGGUCCGGGCGGGGAAGGCCGAGAACAAGUUCGUGGUUCACCUGGACGGACAGGACGAGAUCAGACUCACCUGUACGGACAGGAGCAGCAAAGGUUUCUUCAGGUGGCCUUUCGGAGGCAGCAGCAGCAGCAAGCCUAAACCUAUAGAGGCGCCCAAAAAUUGACAUACAGGACAUCAGACCUAAACCUAUUGAGGCGCCUAAACAUUGACUUCAGCAUAUGACAACAAGCUUAAACCUAUAGUUAAGAGGCGCUAAACAUGGACUUAAAUGGCAGCAAACCUAAAUCUAUCUAAACAUGUCUAACGCCUAAAUAUUUACUUACAGGACAGCAAGACUACACCUAUAGAGGCGCCUAAACAUUGACUUACAGUAGCAUAGCAAAUAUGUCGCCGACUUUCAUCAGACGUCGCAGUUAUUGCUUGUGUUCAACCAACACAAGGAUCAUAUUAUACUACGUGAUUUUGACUUCUCGCGUCUUUGUGAUACCGAAAAUGUAGGAACAGAUAGGUUUUACAAUCAAAUGUUUGUCUAAAUUUAUAGGGAAUAAGAAUUUGUCCCUGUUUCUUAGGUGCAUGAAGCAAGGAAAUAUAGGUUCUAUCAGUCUAUAAAGUAUAGCUCUCUAAUAUACAUUCUACUAUAAAAUGCAUUUCAUCUUCUUUUUUAUUUAGAUCACAAUAUCUACAUAUUCGUUGUUCCAGUUAUUAAGUUAAACCACUGGUACCCUUGUCACCACUCUGCAUCUGAAGUAGCCUUGACCGGCUUGUGACCUCUUGGGCCGUGAAGUCAAUGGUAUAUCUUAUCUCAGUAUGUUUAAUCGUGGAAUGAUUAGUGUCACGUGGUAGUUAAAGAGUCGCUAUUCAUUGAAAUGGCAAGUAUGUGAAUGAAAACAACUUUUGUAUAGUAGGGGAAAGGUUUAUUACUUGGUGAUAAGCCACACA